CGCAUCCGAACCGAGCCGAGCCGAGUCUGCCCCCUCCCUGCUUUCCCCCUCAGCACCAUGAAGCUAACUUGGGCAUCUGCGCUCGGCGCCCUGGUCUCGCUCGAGGCCGUGCUGUCUGCCGGCAUUCCAUCCGAGGUCGGCAACUGUCUGACCAAGCGCCAUUAUUUCAACGAAACCAACCGCAUUGCUGCCCCUGCCUCCAGCGGCCAGGACCGCCACAGCGUCCCGAUCUAUCUCGACUACACCAAGUACGACUGGACCAUCGACUAUGCCAAAGAGCACGUCACCUUCGGCGCCAAUGGCGGCGUCAUGCUGAGUCUCAUGCCUCCGGAUAAGUCCAAGGGUAUCUUGCAAGGAGCCGGCUCAAAGCUCUCGAGCACACGAUACAUGCGAUAUGGCAAGGUCACGGCCAGACUCAAGUCCAUUUCGACAACCCCUGGUGUCGUUACCACAUUCAUCACCAUGUCCGAUAUCGGCGAUGAGCUCGAUUUUGAAAUUCUGGGACUCCGACCCACCGCCCCGGAGACCAACGUCUUCUACCAUCAGUUCGAGCAUCUGCCGCCCUGGAAUCUACCCCUGGUCAACCAGCCCAGUGGCGUCCGCAGUGUGCCCAUCUCGAUCAGCGGAGAUGGCGGCGAUUACCACAUCUAUAGCAUUGAGAUCAAGGACACGGAGAUUGACUUCUAUGUCGACCAGCAACUGCGCCGCUCGUAUGCGAAGAAGGACCAGGCCGAUCCCACGGCCCCGGGUGGAUUCUGGUUCCCGGACACCCCGGCCCUGGUCCAGGUCUCGGUCUGGGAUGCCACCCAGGUCAGCCAGGGCGUUGCCGAGUGGGCCGGCAGCUCGAUCAACUGGGGAAUUGCCGAUCCCCAGCACGGCUUCUACGCAAUCUAUGAAUACAUUGACAUCCAGUGCUAUGACGACAAGAUGCAGCCCGUGGCCAAGUGGCCGCUCGACACACUCGACAAUGAUCCCCAGGGCGGACUUGGCGUCGACGUCCCCAUGGAUUCGGAUGGGCAGGUGCAGGGCGUGCCCAGCAACAUCGGAGUGGCCAACGCCAACAUGACGGGCGACACCACGGUCAAGAAGUCCUUGGAUUCGCCGUUCAAGGAUCCGUCCAGGAUCAACCGCGUGGCCUCGCCGGCUGGCCUUUCCAUGACGUCGGUCUACGGGCCGCUGCUCGCGGUUGUCGCCGCGGCCGUCAGCAGCAUUUUGCUCCAGCGGAUCUGAUCGGGCUUUGGGCAACUCGCCCGAGCGUCUCGCUUGGUCUCUGUAGCUGAAGCUGCAGCCGUAGCCGCAACCAGAGACACCGCAGCAACUCACAUUCAAAGUCUCUCUGUCAAAGCACCACCCGCCAUAUCCCAUCGUCCAGGGUCCCAUCAUCCGUGAUCGUGUCCACCACGGCCCCCCCCCAAUCCCUCGUGGUCUCGGCUGCCAUGGUUUAAUCUUCCAUGAUUCCGUCUGCCAUGGCCAUGCGCCAUCCUUCUAUAUCCUC